UAGACCCGAAAAAAAGACCCAAUUUUCAAUUGACUCCGUAGAUUUCUUCUCUCUAGAAUCCUUAAACCCCUUUUAGCAAGAAUUUUUUUUAAUCAAAUAAAGCUUCCAUUUUUCACACUUUUUUCUUGAUUUUUUUAACUAAUUAGUUGCAUUUGUGUCCUAAUAUGCUCUUAAUUAGUGUUAAUAAUAGUGAAGGGAGGUUUUGGAGUCACGAGUUCAAGGUGUGGAUGCAAGGUGGACUUCUCCCUUGUAUGUGCUUUUGAUAUUUCUGAAGUCCCUGAUUCUUCAAAUUAAGGAGAUUCUUCGUAGCUCAGUCAUUUGGCUUUUCCUCGGAGAAUAAGGAGUCGAGAUAAUAGGAACUUUUCAGAAACUUAGUUCUUCUACCAUGCCCAUAUUUUCCGAUAUACAAGAAACAGAAUUAAGCGGCACAAAAGAAGUUUUCUUGUCUGCCAUCCGCUAUGCCACUUCAACUGGUGAUUCUUUCCCUCAAUUUGAGGAUGAUCUACGAACCUCAGCUCAAGAACAGGUUGAGUUCAUGCUUGAGGACGAUGAAAAGAUUCCCCUGGUCAUAGCUGAUGAUGAAAUAAAAGUGGAGACUAGACUUGUGGUGUCUAAAAUCUUCUGUUCUUUUGAAAAUGAAUUAUUCUCCUUGAUUUUGGAGCCUGACAUUGCGAACAUGGAGAUGGAAAAGAAAAUAAUGCGGAGUCUAUCUGACCUCAAAUGGAUGCAUAACACUCUUUUGAAGAUGGAUCUCAUGAAGGACUUUGUCUCUCACUGGGCUAAUAUAUCGAGCAAUUUACUCAAGGUUAUCGAAGAUAAAAGACUUGAUUCUGUCAUGUGGGAUUUGAAGAUAAAGUUAAUAGAAGUGACAUCAAAAGUAUUGGAAGCAGUAGGUUAUGGAACUGUAGUUCUUCCAGCAGAAAGUCGAGUAGAAUUGCUCAAGACAUGGCUUCCAUACAUAAGAAAAAUGAAGUCUCUUUCCGAUGAAAUGUGCAAAAUGGAGUCUGCAUUUCCAUACAAGAUGAGCGAUGACCUUUGCCAAUGUGUCGAGGGAGCAAUAGUUUCAUUAGUUUCAGCAUUACCAUCAAAUGAUCAAGCUGACAUUCUAGCAGAUUGGAUAAGUGCUGAACAGGUUAAAUAUCCAGACCUUAGUGAGGCUUUUGAGAUAUGGUGUUACAGAACCAAGUCUGCACAACGAAGAUUAGACGAGGCUUUGACAGAGUCAGCAAUGCCAAUGCCAUUGUCACCCUCUACUUAAUUUCUGUAGACGAAACAUCGCCUCAUAAACACCUUUGGCUAUUGCUGGUUCUCAUAGUAGUGUGCCCAACAUAUUCCCUGGUGAGUUAGCGCGAGAAAAUAUGAUGCUUUUUUAUCUAUAGUAAUUUGAUGUGUAAUUGUAAUUGGAAAUUUCUUUCAUGUAAUAUAACAUGUAUACAUAUCUUUCUCCUCUGAUUCUUAUCGAGUUAUCUUCUUACUG